AUGGCGUCUCAGUUUUCUGUCUUCUUCUUCUUCAUGGCCUUCGUGCUUCUCGCUGACGCGUCUCCGACGGUGUCUCCAGGUCCGGAGGUGUCUCCAGGUCCGGAGGUGGACGUGGCGUCGGUCUGUCCUUCCUGCGCUCUGAUGAAGAGGAACUCGUCUUCGUCAGGCGGACAGGAAGAGAUGGUGGAGGCAGUGAAGCUUCACAUCCUCAACAUGCUGCACCUGAGCACUCGACCCAACCUCACGCAGCCGGUGCCUCGCGCUGCCUUGCUCAACGCCAUCAGGAAGCUACAGGUCGGCCACGUGGCUGAGGACGGCAGCGUGGAGAUCCAGGAGGACGGCCCCGGGGCCCAAAUACCUUCUGAAUCCCCCUCUGAGAUCAUCGCCUUCGCAGAGCCAGGAGGCUCUCUGAACUCCGUGACCUUCAACCUUUCAGCAGAGGGCGGCUCAGCGGUGGUGGAACAGGCCAACAUCUGGAUCUUCCUGAAGAUUUCGAAGGGAACCCGAUGGAAAGGCAAAGUGUCGCUGCAGCUUCAUCAGGAGGGUGAGGAAGAGGAGUGUGUUUCGGAUAAGAUGGUGGACGUCCGUCGCAGCGGCUGGCACACGCUCGCCGUGUCUCACAGCAUCCAGACUCUGCUGUCGGGCGGCGGCGGAGCGCUGAGGCUGCGGGUCGUCUGUCCGCUCUGCAGCGAGGCCGGAGCCACAGCGGUGCUGAUGGCCAGCGAGCGGGCCGGAGGGCGGGACCAGUCCCACCGACCCUUCCUCAUGGUGGCGCUGCGAACUGUAGAGGAGGCGGCGCAGCGGCGGGUCAGACGCGGGCUGGAAUGCGACGGGAAGAUCCGCGUCUGCUGCAAACGUCAGUUCUACGUAAACUUCAAAGACAUUGGCUGGAACGACUGGAUCAUCGCACCGUCCGGUUACCACGCCAACUACUGCGAGGGAGAAUGUCCAAACCACAUGUCGAGCUUCAGCGGCUCGGCGCUGUCCUUCCACUCCACCGUCAUCAACCACUACCGCAUGCGCGGCCACGGGCCCUUCCAGAACAUCCGGUCCUGCUGCGUCCCCACCCGGCUCAGAGCCAUGUCCAUGCUGUACUACAACGAGGAGCAGAAGAUCAUCAAGAAGGACAUCCAGAACAUGAUCGUGGACGAGUGCGGCUGCUCUUAAACCAGAGACUUCCUGCAGGACUCAUAGACUUCCUGAGG